AUGUGCGAUUUGAUUAAAAAACGGGUUUCUGGUACGGAUGAAGGAGUCUUUAUGGAUCACGGUUUGCCCGAUGAAGUGAUUUUGAGACGUGAUUUAAUUACGAGGAACCUUCAGGAAGUACUCGGGCUCGACACGUUAACUUCACAUUUGAGCAGUGGCAAAAGGAUUCAUGUAUAUUGGGGAACAGCAACAACAGGACGGCCUCAUGUCGGUUAUUUUGUACCAAUGGAAAAGAUUGCAGAUUUUCUGUCCGCCGGAAUUCGCGUAACUGUAUUAUUUGCCGAUUUGCAUGCUUUUCUCGAUAAUAUGAAAAGUACUUGGGAACAGCUGGAAAAUCGGGUUCGUUAUUACGAGAGGAUCAUCAAAGCAUUGCUUAAUUCUCUUCAUGUACCUUUACACCAGUUAUAUUUUGUGCGAGGAACUUCUUUCCAACUUUCUAGAAAUUACACUUCGGAUGUCUUGAAAUUGUGUAGUCAGGUGUCGCGUAGAGAUGCACUUCGCGCUGGAGCCGAAGUCAUUAAACAAGUUGAUUCUCCACUGCUUAGUGGUUUACUUUAUCCACUUCUUCAAGCGCUUGAUGAACAUUACUUAAAAGUAGAUGGACAAUUUGGUGGUGUUGAUCAAAGAAAAAUUUUCAUUCUUGCUGAAGAACAAUUGCCGAAGUUAAAAUUAGGCAAGAAAUUUCAUUUAAUGAAUCCCAUGGUACCUGGAUUGCAAGGAGCAAAAAUGAGCAGCUCUGAAGAAAGUUCGAAGAUCGACCUUCUGGACUCUGCAGAUGUUGUAAGACAGAAAGUUGAUAGUGCAGUUUGUAAAAUGACGUCUGAUGAUAAUGGCGUUCUUGCUUUUUUUGAAUAUGUUCUAUUUCCAGUUGUGGCACCAAAUUCAAUAAAAAUUUGUGGUCGGGAAUUUCGUCGUGCCAUUGAUCUAAAAGAAGCAUUUGAAGCUGAAGAUGUGGCAGACAUUAUAGAAAAAGCUUAUUCCAUACCAAAGGAAUUGUUUGAUAUACCUACUGAGGAUUUUUCGGAUCUAGAAGUUCAUGAUGUUGAAGAAGUAGAGAUUCAAGAACUGAUUGCAAAUGCUAAGAUAGUUGGAAAUCUUUCUUGGCUGAAGAAAGUUUUACAUGCAGACAAAAAAUUGCAUGUACUAUAUUCAAUCGCACCUAAGGGUCGUUUUCAUUUCGGUUUUAUCUCACCACUUUUAAAAUUAAAGCAGCUGCAAGCUUGUGCUAAAGUUACGAUAACUAUUUUAAUAGCUGAUUUGGAAGCAUUUUUGGAUAAUGAAAAAUGUCUAUGGAAUUUACUUGAUGCAAGAUUUCAUUAUUACAGUGCAGUUUUACUGCAGAUAUUGUCGCAGAUAGGUCUUAAAGAUGUAAAUAUUAUUCGAGGAUCGGAUUAUCAGUUAGAAUCGCAAUAUACGAUAGAUCUUUAUAAGAUGGCUUCUAAAGUAACACGCGAUGAAGCAGCCAUAUUAGAGGGUUCAACGUUGGCUUCUUUAUUAUCACCACUCUAUUUCGCUAUCGAUCAAUAUUAUUUAAAUGCUGAUAUAAUUGUAGCUGGAGCUGAUAUGUAUAAAUAUGCUGAACUAGCUAACAAAUUGCUUAUGGCGCAUGGUGAAAUGCCUCGAAUUCAACUUUUGGUACCCGUAUUUCCAUCGAUUGCUUCUGAUAAAAUGUCAGCGACAGAUUUUGAUUUUCUUCUGGAUCCUUUAGAUACACCAAAACAGACACGACAAAAAAUUGGUCGAUCAUUUUGUGAACCUGGAAAUAUCGAGAAUAAUUUUGCUCUUCGCCUAGCCGAAUAUAUUUUCUUAAUCACUAAUAAUGAUUUGAAAAUUCGUCGAACAGUAGAAAAUGGUGGUGAUUUAUCGGUAUCUGAAUACAAAGAACUGGAAAAAUUAUUUGCUGAAGCGAAACUGCAUCCAGGCGAUCUAAAGUCAGCAGUAACUGAUGCAAUCAAUGAUUUUUUUAAUCCCGUUCGUACACAUUUUGCCUCAACUCAAGCAAAAAUGUUGGCAUCAGCAUUUCCACCAUCGAAAGGACGUAAAAAAUAA